AUGGUCAAUGCAGGAGACAUGAAUGGUUCUGGCAACCUGAUGGAUUUUCUGGAUGAGCCUUUCCCUGAUGUUGGGACUUAUGAAGAUUUCCACACCAUCGACUGGCUGCGGGAGAAAUCACGCGACACUGACCGCCACAGAAAGAUUACAAGCAAAAGUAAAGAAUCCAUAUGGGAGUUCAUCAAGAGUUUGCUGGAUGCCUGGUCAGGAUGGGUUGUAAUGCUUCUCAUAGGACUCCUGGCAGGCACGUUAGCUGGCGUGAUAGAUUUGGCUGUGGACUGGAUGACAGACCUGAAGGAGGGUGUCUGCCUGUCUGCCUUCUGGUACAGCCACGAGCAGUGCUGCUGGACGUCUAAUGAAACCACAUUUGAUGACAGGGACAAAUGUCCCCAGUGGCAGAAAUGGUCUGAACUUCUUGUAAGCCAGUCUGAGGGUGCAAGUGCUUACAUUCUAAACUAUUUUCUAUACAUUAUGUGGGCUCUAUGUUUUGCUUUCCUGGCAGUCUCCCUAGUCAGAGUGUUUGCUCCCUAUGCCUGUGGCUCUGGAAUCCCAGAGAUAAAAACCAUCUUGAGUGGGUUCAUUAUUAGGGGCUACCUGGGAAAAUGGACACUUUUAAUCAAAACUGUCACCUUGGUUCUGGUGGUAUCUUCAGGCCUCAGCCUUGGGAAAGAGGGGCCGCUAGUCCAUGUGGCCUGUUGCUGCGGAAACUUCUUCAGCAGCCUGUUCUCAAAGUACAGCAAGAAUGAAGGAAAGAGGAGAGAGGUGCUCUCAGCUGCAGCUGCCGCAGGAGUAUCUGUUGCCUUUGGGGCCCCAAUCGGAGGUGUGCUUUUUAGUCUGGAAGAGGUCAGCUACUACUUUCCUCUCAAAACCCUCUGGAGGUCAUUUUUUGCUGCUCUCGUGGCUGCCUUCACACUGAGGUCCAUCAAUCCUUUUGGAAACAGCCGGCUGGUCCUGUUCUAUGUGGAAUACCACACCCCCUGGUACAUGGCUGAGCUCUUCCCCUUCAUCCUGCUCGGCGUCUUCGGUGGCCUCUGGGGGACCCUCUUUAUCCGAUGCAACAUCGCCUGGUGCAGGAGGCGAAAAACCACCAGGCUGGGGAAGUACCCGGUGCUGGAGGUGAUAGUGAUAACAGCCAUCACUGCCAUCAUCGCCUACCCCAACCCCUACACCCGGAGGAGCACCAGCGAGCUGAUCUCAGAGCUCUUCAAUGACUGCGGUGCCCUGGAGUCCUCGCAGCUCUGCGACUACAUCAAUGACCCAAACAUGACCCGGCCGGUAGACGACAUUCCUGACAGACCUGCUGGCCCUGGAGUAUACACAGCCAUGUGGCAGCUGGCCUUGGCUUUGGUGUUUAAAAUUGUCAUCACCAUAUUCACCUUCGGCAUGAAGAUCCCUUCAGGUCUUUUCAUUCCCAGCAUGGCUGUUGGAGCCAUGGCUGGCAGGAUGGUUGGGAUUGGAGUAGAGCAGUUGGCAUAUCACCACCAUGACUGGAUCAUCUUCAGGAACUGGUGCAGACCUGGGGCAGACUGUGUCACGCCAGGACUUUAUGCUAUGGUGGGAGCGGCGGCUUGCUUGGGUGGCGUUACCCGAAUGACUGUGUCUCUGGUGGUGAUUAUGUUUGAGCUAACCGGAGGCCUGGAGUACAUCGUACCUCUUAUGGCUGCAGCUGUCACAAGCAAGUGGGUGGCAGAUGCCUUUGGGAAAGAAGGGAUCUACGAAGCUCACAUUCACCUGAACGGCUACCCCUUUCUGGAUGUGAAGGAUGAAUUCACCCACCGAACCCUGGCAACUGACGUCAUGCGACCGAGGCGUGGGGAAGCUCCUCUCUCUGUGCUGACGCAGGACAGCAUGACGGUGGAGGAUGUUGAGACACUAAUCAAGGAGACUGACUACAAUGGCUUUCCAGUGGUGGUUUCAAAAGACUCAGAGAGACUUAUUGGAUUUGCACAGAGACGAGAGCUGAUUCUUGCAAUAAAGAAUGCAAGACAGCGUCAGGAUGGGGUGGUGAGCAACUCCAUCGUGUAUUUCACUGAAGACCCCCCGGAACUGCCACCCAACAGUCCCCAUCCGCUGAAGCUGCAGCGUAUUCUCAACCUGAGCCCUUUCACUGUCACUGACCACACGCCAAUGGAGACUGUGGUAGAUAUUUUCCGGAAGCUCGGACUGCGGCAGUGUCUUGUCACUCGGAGUGGGAGGCUGCUGGGUAUCAUAACUAAAAAGGAUGUAUUAAGACAUAUGGCUCAAAUGGCAAACCAGGACCCUGAAUCUAUCAUGUUUAACUAG